GCCGCGCCUCAACCCGCUGCCAGGCGGCGGCCGCGGCUCGGCCCCCCCCACGCCGCCGCCGCCGCCGUUGUCGCCGCCGCUGCCGCUGCUGCCCGCAGGGCUCUCCCCGCGCCGGCCGGCCGGUGACAGGCGCGGCAGCGGCGGGGCCCCGCGUCCCUCCCUCCGUGUGGCUGGCGAGCCGAGGACAGCCUUAAGACAUUGUGGAUGGAAGACCUCUGUGGCUUCUGUGUUCAUGGCAGAAUGGCCUAGACCAGUCUGUCGCUCUAUGGUUCCUACCACGGGUGCUCUACAGCAAUGCAGUGGGAUUUCACCACCAGUGCUUGUGGACCAUCCAGAUGGCUGUAAACCUGCAGAGGAGAUAUAGAACGUGGUCUCUCAAACUGGAUUAAAGCAACCUGUUGAUAUUUUUAUUUAUACUUUUUUUUUUAAUUUUUGUAUUUGACUUAAAGUGCCAUGAAAAAAUUUGCAUAUUGCAAGGUGGUCCUUGCCACCUCUUUGGUUUGGGUCCUUCUGGAUAUGUUCCUUUUGCUCUACUUCAGUGAAUGCAACAAAUGUGAUGAGAAAAAAGAACGAGGGCUGCCUGCUGGAGAUGUUCCAGAACCCGUACAAAAACCACAUGAAGGACCUGGAGAGAUGGGGAAGCCUGUGGUCAUUCCAAAAGAGGAGCAAGAAAAAAUGAAAGAAAUGUUUAAAAUAAAUCAAUUUAACUUAAUGGCAAGUGAAAUGAUUGCACUCAACAGAUCUUUACCUGAUGUCCGGUUAGAAGGGUGUAAAACAAAGGUGUAUGCAGACAACCUUCCCACAACAAGUGUUGUCAUUGUUUUUCACAAUGAGGCUUGGAGCACACUUCUACGAACUGUUCAUAGUGUGAUAAACCGGUCACCGCGGCACAUGCUGGAAGAAAUUGUACUCGUCGAUGAUGCCAGCGAAAGAGACUUUUUGAAAAGACCACUGGAGAGUUAUGUGAAAAAAUUAAAAGUUCCUGUUCAUGUGAUUCGAAUGGAACAGCGUUCUGGAUUGAUCAGAGCUAGAUUAAAGGGGGCUGCUGCUUCUAAAGGCCAGGUCAUCACCUUCUUAGAUGCUCAUUGUGAAUGUACGGUAGGCUGGCUUGAACCUCUGCUGGCAAGGAUCAAAGCUGACAGGAGAACAGUAGUGUGUCCCAUCAUUGACGUAAUUAGCGAUGACACCUUUGAAUAUAUGGCAGGUUCUGAUAUGACCUAUGGUGGGUUCAACUGGAAGUUGAAUUUUCGUUGGUAUCCGGUUCCUCAGAGAGAGAUGGAUCGACGGAAAGGAGAUCGAACCCUUCCUGUUAGGACACCAACAAUGGCAGGAGGUCUUUUUUCAAUAGACAGAGAUUACUUUCAGGAAAUUGGAACAUAUGAUGCUGGAAUGGAUAUUUGGGGUGGAGAAAACUUAGAAAUUUCUUUCAGGAUUUGGCAGUGUGGUGGCACUUUGGAAAUUGUAACUUGUUCACAUGUUGGGCAUGUAUUCAGAAAAGCAACACCAUACACUUUUCCAGGAGGUACGGGGCAAAUAAUCAACAAAAAUAACAGACGGCUUGCAGAAGUUUGGAUGGAUGAAUUCAAAAACUUUUUUUAUAUCAUUUCCCCAGGAGUUACUAAAGUUGAUUAUGGGGACAUAUCAUCACGACUUGGGCUGAGACGCAAGCUCCAGUGCAAGCCUUUCUCCUGGUACCUCGAGAACGUUUAUCCUGAUUCCCAAAUUCCACGCCAUUACUUUUCUCUGGGGGAGAUAAGAAACGUGGAGACAAACCAAUGUCUGGAUAACAUGGCAAGAAAAGAAAAUGAGAAAGUUGGAAUCUUUAACUGCCAUGGGAUGGGUGGAAAUCAGGUUUUCUCAUAUACUGCCAACAAAGAAAUUCGAACAGAUGAUUUGUGUUUAGAUGUCUCCAAACUUAAUGGCCCAGUAACAAUGCUCAAGUGCCAUCAUCUAAAAGGAAAUCAGCUUUGGGAAUAUGACCCAGUGAAAUUAACCCUGUUGCAUGUGAACAGUAACCAGUGCCUGGACAAAGCCACCGAAGAGGACAGCCAGGUACCCAGCAUCAGAGACUGCAAUGGCAGCCGCUCUCAGCAGUGGCUACUUCGCAAUGUCACCCUUCCAGAAAUAUUCUGAGAGGUUCUGAAGAAAAGAAAGGAUUGACUGGGCUACCUCGGCUAAUAUUUUGGCUACACUGUUAAGUAGCAACAGAAGGAAACUUCUCUGCAGAAUCCACAGUUCAUCAGCUGUUAGAACUCCUGCAGCUUUUCAGUAGCUGUGAACCAGCCUUCCUGUAUAAGGAUGUGAAACUACCACACAUACUAGUGAAACUGCGCCCACUGAUGUUUACAGGAUUGAACGAGUUUCUUCCAGCAAAUAAUUUAGAGAACAUUUGGACAGUGGAAACAUAAUCAAUGAAAUAUUCUUUCUGAAGAGCUGCAUAUCAUUGUAGUUUGCUUGCACAUCAGUAAGCUCUGCUGAAAGUGCUGUUGAGAUGAAGAAAGUUCCAAGACUUUUUUUUUCCUGGUUAGUAGUGAUAACCAGACUACUAAAUAUAGAUCCACAAAUAAACAGCUGGAAAACGGAUUCAAUAACAUGAAAUAAGAAUUAUGUGGUUUAAAAAGAAAAAAGUAAACAGGGUUUAAUGGAAACUAAAUCAGAACUACGAAAAGUACAAUUUGUUAUAGUGAAGUAUCAAAUUUAUAUGUAGAUUUUAUACCUCAGUGGGGGAAAAAUAACCAAGUCAAAACACAAUUGUUUCUCUUUUUCAAUUGUGUGAUAGUCCAUAAAUACUAUUUUUUUUUCCUGGUGGGUCUAAAAUUAUUUUGGGUGCAAAUAAAAUGAGCGUAAGAAUAAACUUAGCUCUUGAAUGUCAGAUCAACGUUUUUUUUAUUUUAAUUUCUUGGCUGUUGGAAUUGUAUCUUUUUAUUACUGUCUGAAAACUGGAGGUUAACAUGCUAACUCUUUUUGUCCAGACCUGACAUUUCAGUUUAUACUUGGGUCAGUCAGCUUAUGGACUUUCAUGGCCAAACAAAAGAUUUAAGUACAUUUUGAAAUUCUUAAGUUAACUUGACAGAAUAUGCUUAGCACCCAGAACUCAUACUACUGUACUAUGGUUUUGUUUUCAUAGCAAUAAAUCUUUUGUUCCUCAUUUGAUUUCAGUCAUCAGAAAGCCAGAAGAAAAGAUAGAUGAUUUGGGUAGCAGGAGAUUGGCAAAACUGAAGGUUUUCUGGAAUCCUUUUUCACUCCACAUUCAGAUGUGCUUCAUUGUCAAGUGCAUAUUUAGAUUAGACUCUGAAUUGUAAUGUUGAUCUGCUGCUUUUUUCUAAUAAAACCUAAAGAAAGAUAGCUAAAUUGGCAUGUUUUUUAAAGUCAACAUAGCCAAAAGCAAUAUGACUGUGUCAUUACAUUGGUCUGCAUUUUUUUAAGCUGGAUUGUUUUGUUAAGAAAAAUCUGUGUGGGCUGAUCUUGAAAAUGAGCUACUGAAUGCUCAGAGUAUAUACUGAAUUUUCUUUUGGAAAGAAAAAUGAGAUUUACUUAAUGGAGAGGAUAUUUUUAUGAUAAAUGUCAUUGUUUGGCCAACUGUCCUGUAAAGCAAAUUAAAUCUAGACUCCUGCAAAAGUUGUGUGGAAUUAUGUUUGACUGUUACUGCCACUUUAUAUUUGCUACUCCAAGCUACUCCAAAUUGCUUUAGGCAGUGUUAUCUCCGUUAUUUCUGCAGCAGUACACAGGAGUUUUCAUAUGCAAAGCAGGGGAAAUGUUUGUUGUUGUUGUUUUUUUAAAAAGGCAAUGUUGUAUUGCUACAUCUAUGUAGCAUCUAUGAAUGAGAUGAUGUGGAGUUAAUCAGGUAAUCAUCUAGAUAUAUAGGUAUUUUUCAUAAACUCCUUUUUGGAAAGCUGUGCAAAUGUCAUGAGCUAGAAGUAGAUUUAUGAAAGUAAUUGCAUGGUACGGUUAUUAGAAAGAUAUUGAAGCGUGCCCAAAGGACUAAAACAAAAAAGUCUGUCUUAAUGGUUAUAUGAGAAGACUUAUUCCUUUGGUAUGGUUGGUGAAGAGGAUGGGAUGGGUGGCAGUGUUAUCAUUUGUAGCUGACGCUUUUUCUUGCUCCUUAAAUUCUCUGUGGUCCCUCAUGAUUUUAUACUGCUUCUGAAAUACAGUUUGUGUUCAGCUGAAACUGCAUGUUAGCCCACCAAAAUACUGUUUGCAGUCUUCUGCUGUGUUAUUAGUGUGUGAUGUUUUGGAUUUCAGUUUAGUUUAUCUUACCAAAGAAGCUAUGGGGGACGAGCAUGGAAGGGGAGUAAAAAUGAAGUUAUGUAGUAGUUCAGAAACAAUUUCCCAAACUCAAAACACAUCCCUUUAAAAACAUUGCUAGAAAAGAGGUUCGAAAUGACCCUCAUUAAUUCAACAAGUCAUGUGUUGGUUAAUAAUACCAUGAUAAAAAAUCAUUGCACAACAAAAAGCCCAUGUAGCAAGCUGUGAUGUUUGGAAAGCUGAAAGAGCAAUCCUGCUUUCCAGCCUGUACCCUACUGACGCUUCCCUGCUGAACACAGGGAGGAGAAGCAGCCAGCUGGAGAGUACCUGCAGCCUCUGGGCGUUUGGUUCAAAGCACUUUGCUCUGCCAGUCCCGUGGUGGGGCUGACUAGUGAGUGGCUGCUUCUGCUUAGCUCACCAAUCUCACUGCUGCGCAUCUCAGCCGUUGUACGGGCUGUGUCAGGAGACAACACGUGGUGUCUUUAAGAUUCACUGUCCCUUUUGUAAUGUGCAUUUCAGAUAUGCCGUGGUAUUAAGUAUCUUCCAAACACAGACACAGAAUAGCUUUCCCACCUUGUUUUCUUUUAGCUUUUCCCACCCAUGCAGUUGCAGCAGCUGCCUUUAGAGUUCCCUGCUGCCAGAGAGCUUAGUGUCUGCAUUUACCUGUGGUCUCCUAGUGCUGGUCUUCCGCUGACCUGCGUUGUAUUUUUAUGCCCUGGUUCUGAAUGGUAAUAUUAGCAGACUCUAAUACUAAAUACUGAAUUCCUUUCCAUUUAAUCUGUCUUCCCAUACUGAAGUCAGUGGGAAUUUUUAGAACCCCUGUAAGUAUUUAAGGUUGGACUAGAUGAUCUUAGAGGUAUUUUCCACCCUGAAUGUUUCUAUGAUUCUGUUUGUAUUUAACCUGUUCUGAAAAAUAGCAUUGUGUUCAUUCUUACUGCGUAACAUACCUGUGUUAUUAGGGACAUGGAUAAUUUCUGGUAGAUUUUCCAUUCUGGUCUCUAGCACCUCUGCAAUCAUGGCUGCUUUGUUCAGAUCAUAUAUAGAAGGAAAAAAAAAAAGACUACUGAUGUCUUAUUUGACAUUGACAGCAAAUACAAGAAGAGUGAGUGAAAAGAUCAGUAGCCGUAUGUUGGAGAGAAUCAGUACGUUAUAUUUUUUGCUUUUUCUGUACUGCCCUUGGUGUGUUUAGUGUACGUUUCCUAUGUAUGCUCUAAAGAUAGUGUUCUGUUCUCCAUCUUUUCUCAUUUGGCUCUUGGAAGACAUUUAUUGAAGAACACCAGUGCCUUUUAACUGAGUUGAAAUGUAUUGCAUAUUAUGGUAUGACCUUUGGAUAACUAUG